UUAGUGAUGAGUUGUGAAUAAAACAUGUUUUGUGAUUUUACCAGGUCAUUAAAGGAAAUUGAAGCAAUAAUAUGACAGAGCAAGAUGAAAACCAUAAAAAGGAAGGGAAAGAAGAAUUUUCAAUGGAUGUGGCAGGCGAUACGAAAAACCCACAGACACCAUACAACCCCCAUGAUCACCGAGUGCUUAAAAACCCAACAACAGACAAUGAGAGUAUUAUUCUUCUCCUGAAAGGCUGCAUGGGUACAGGGAUUCUUGCCAUGCCUGAAGCUUUCAGCAACUCUGGUCUGAUGGUGGGGACUGUGCUCACAGUGGUACUCGGAGCACUGGUCACAUACUGCCUCCAUAUGCUGAUACGAUCACAAUAUGAGAUGUGCAAGUGGCUCAGAGUUCCCAUACUGAGCUACCCAGAGUCCAUGAAAGCAGCUCUGGACCAUGGACCUCCGAUACUUAGGCCUUUUGCCACUAUAUCUGGACCAAUGGUGGACUUUUUCCUCAUCCUCUACCAGCUUGGCAUGUGUAGUGUCUACAUAGUGUUUGUAGCUCAGAACUUGCAUCAGGUGAUCAAUCAGUUUGUGGUGGUAGACCUGCGAGUGCUGAUGUGUGUGAUAUUGGUACCACUGAUCAUCACCUGUUACAUUCGCAACCUCAAGCUGUUGGCUCCGUUCUCUCAGGCUGCCAACCUGCUCAUGUAUCUGAGUCUGGCGACCAUCAUGAUCUUCAUCCUGAGAGACCUGCCUCCUGUAGAUAGUGUUCCUUACGUAGGAACUCCCGCAGGGUUUGUGCGCUUCUUCACAACCACUCUCUUUGCCCUGUCGGCAACCGGUGUUGUGGUUUCAGUGGAAAGGAACAUGAAGACUCCUACAUCAUUUGGUAAACCUGUCGGGGUUUUGAACAUUUCAAUGACCAUUGUAAUCAUCAUCUACACUUGCUUGGGAUUCUUUGGUUACGUAAAGUACGGAGAAAAUGUCGAGGGUAGCAUUUCACUGAAUAUUCCUCAAGAUGAACUACUUGCUCAGGUGGUAAAGCUGACCUUUUCACUGUCCAUUUUCCUCACCUACUCGCUGCAGUUCUAUGUGGCUAUUGAGAUUCUGUGUACAACAUACCUUAAGAACAUGAUGGAACAGAGCAGCAGCCCAGCAAGGUUUGAAUAUACACUCAGGACCGUACUGGUGAUAUGUACAUUCUGUGCCGCCCUGGUAAUACCAAUGCUGGAUCUCUUCAUUUCUCUGAUAGGAGCUCUCUGCCUCUCGACUCUAGGAAUUUUAUUCCCGCCCUUAAUCGAAAUUUGUGUUCUUUACUCCCAAAACAAACUUAAAUUCUUCAACCUCACGAGGAAUAUUCUCGUAGUUAUCAUUGGUCUCAUGGGACUGCUCAUCGGGACUUAUCUUAGUGUGGCAGACAUCAUAUCAAGAUUUUUAGGAGAAUCUGAAUGAAAAAAAGUUAAUAAUGUAUAGAACUAAAUCCGAAACUGGGUUCUAUUCAAUGAAUGUGGUUAUCAAGAAAAAGCCUCAUCAAUAUUUUUGUUUAUCGAAUUUCAGUUAGUAAGACAAACUAUGAACUAACCUUUCUAGUGAAAUCAAAAAGUCAAGAGUUUGUAUUUAUAUAGGGAAUGUAUGAUCAUAGACAAAAAGAAUUAAAUAU